CUAUGUGCCGAAAUUGACCAUUCUAUAUAACAAAGCCACGUGUUGUAGAUUGCAAUCCGGCUGAGCCCACAAAGCAGUUGCUCGCUGGCCAAGAAACGGAUUGUGGACCAGGCCAUCGGUACGCUCGGUUGUCGAGCCCAUGUCAUUUGAGCCGCGUGGGGUCUGUUGCCAUUCUCCAGCACCACCAAAAAUUGGGGAUGGUAUUGGCCACCGAUGAAGCCGAGAAACGACAACAAGACGCUGAACUAUUUACACGACUGACAACUUUGGACGAAUACAUUGCCGCAACUCAUGACCUCGUAGCCAGCCACUUUGCCGUCGAGACCGACAAGGAGCUCACCUCGAACGGCCCCAUCACAAACCCGCGCAACAAGCUGUUCUCUGAUCGGCGUUUCGAAUCUCGGGGCUUUUUGGCGGGCCUCGGCCAGCGAAUGGCUAAGCGAUCGAUAUUUUGCGAAAAGACGCUCGAAUAUUUCCUGCACAACAGCGUUGAGGAUCCAGUGCGAGAGAUUUUCGAUCAAUUGCGGGACGUGGACCAAGUGCGGCACGAGUUUGGGAUCGGUAACGGCAUUGUCUUUGAGAACCACCCCAAUGUGAUCAGCGAUGUUGCGGAGGAGGUUGUCGACCGGCAGGCCUCAUCGAUACCGCCACAGACGCCCGAUCAAGGGAAAGAUCCAGGACACAUCCGCCCCGACUAG